AUGUCGACCGCCGCGACAAUGCAGCAGCCACCUGUAAUUCCUCCUCGUCCCUCGAGGAGUCAGGAAAAGGACACUGGCGCCUCCGUACCGACCAUUCCCCCACGCCCUAAGCAACGCUUCAACCGCUCCAUAUCACCCAACCCGGAACGCUUUGCUCAGUCUCCCCUCAACGAGCCUCCUUUUGCGCCCAAGAGCCCUGGCCGCCGCACAUCGGGAAAUACGCUUGGCGUGGACCCCAUUGAGCGUCCAGGUAGCGUGACUAUUCCAUCCAUUGGCCAGGAGGGCCAGGAGUACGCCGUAGUUACCGAUGAGCUCAACUCGUCUUCCGAAGGACAGGGCGCCGCCUCGCCCGAACAGACUAGAACAAUCGGCGAGGAUGUCAAGCUGCACGCUCCCAAGCCCAAGCUGACACAAGAGGCUGCCAUCCAGAGAGUUGCUGCCGUUACCCGCACCGAUUCUGAAAAAGCUGCGUCCUUUGGCAUUGGCCGCCCCAGCAGCGAAGACCCGUAUCCCCGGACAUUGAAGAAGAAGGCUAGCACCACCAGUCAACUGUCCCACGACAGCCACAUGGACGAUGAGCAUGGCAUUCCCGAGAUCGGUAUCCGAGUCCCGUUGCUCGGCAAUGCUGGCGAUAUCCAGGCUCCUACACCUGGACCUGGUGCGAGUGGUACGCCUGACAGUUCGAGGCCUCGCCACCACUCUAGGAAAUCCAGUGGACGUGGAUUCGGUACAUUGCCCCCUGACAGUUACGGAUUGCACGGACAUGGCGUAGAGCAUACCGAUAGGCUCGACAAGGCCUACUAUGAGAAGCAUCCAGAGGCCAAGAAGUUUGACCUUAAAAACCACCAUUUGCACGACCGUGUAAAGGACUAUUCCAUGAGCAGUGAGGAUCUGAACAAGCUUGUUCGCGAUAGCGCCAGUCGAGGAGCUGGUUCUGGUACAUCUGAUUAUGUUGGAACUCCCAGCGAGCAGGUUGGUUUCUAUGCUACUGAAGAGUACACCUCGCGCAUGUCCUCGCCGCGCCCGCCUUCCGCAGCCUCCAAGCGCCAGUCAGCCCACUUCGACUCGCCUUUGAAGGUUGCGAGCACGCCUGGCAUAUCGGUCUCUGGUACUGACGGCCAACAAGAAGAGGUCCAAGAUGAUGAGGAAGAGGAAGACGACAACGUCAUUCAUGUUGACGAUCCCGCGCAGCGCAAGGGUUUUGCCAAGUACGGCAAUGCUCAGAAUGUGGUUGGGGACGCAACUGAUGACUAUGACGCUCCGAUCCUGGCUUCUGAUGAGGUCGCUAAGGGCCCCUCGCCCUAUUAUGACACUCCUGCCGUCGAGCCUCCGGCUGAGCGCCGCGGCAGCACCUACGAAAUGGAGCGUCCUAAAAGCAGACCUACCAGCCGCCCAUCCAGUGUCUACAGCCCGCCUCUCCCAGAGAUACGUUCUACUCCCUUGAACGAUGUCGAAGAAUAUGAACCCAUUCCAUUCCGGGAAAAUGACAACGAGAAAAAGGCUGCUGCUGCUGCCAAGCUAAAGGAACACCGUCAACGUUUCCCGAGUCGUGAUAUCUGGGAGGACGCCCCUGACAGUGUGCAUGGCACCGCUGAGGUCUCUACCCCAGAGCCAACAGGGGCUUUUGAGAGAUCAGAAGAGUCAGCUUUCGAUAUCGUGCCUCGUGAAGGCGAGACAGCAGCUCAGGCAUUUGCGCGCCGACAAGAAGAGCUCGCCGAGGCAGAGGACCGUAGUCCUGACAGCUUCUUGCGAAAUAAUAACAAGUCACGCCCCAAGUCAUGGGCUGAGGCACAGCCUCACCUGGCCAAGGAAAUGAAUCACCCGAGCAGACCGUCCAUGGGCCAACGUUUCCCGAGUCGCGAUGUUUGGGAAGAUACUCCUGACUCGCUGCGCCUAGAGACAACUGUUUCCACCCCACAAUCAGAUAAGGACCCGCAAUCUGCUACCGGUGAGGGAGACGAGAGCCCAGUGGAGAAGCAUGAAAAGCCGUCGAUACCCGCCAGACCUGCAAAGAAAUACUCUGGCGACGAUAAGCCCACUAUUCCGGACCGUCCCAAGCCUCAAAUCCCUGCUCGCCCGGCCAAGGCCGUUGGUGAGUCUAAGGACGCUGAAGCCGCGCCAAGACAGAAGCCAGUAGUGCCGGCUCGGCCGUUAGGUGGAAAGAUUGCGGCUCUACAAGCUGGGUUCAUGUCCGACCUUAACAAGCGUCUCCAGCUUGGGCCCUCUGCUCCUAAGAAGGAAGAGCCCAAAGAGGAAGAAGUAGCCGAGGAGAAGGAAAAGGCACCUCUUGCAGAUGCACGAAAGGGACGCGCUCGUGGUCCCCAGCGCAGGGCUCCUACCAAGAGCUCCAGCCCGAGUGGUUCAGCGCCUCCAGUGGCCAAUGGCAGGCCUACUCUGUCCUUCUCGUCAACCAGGACACUGUGGUGUAUCGACGAGGAAGGCACCAUGAGCGUAGAGCAGGAAGAUGAGCCGACAGUAGAAGAGUCGGCCCCCAUCGAGGAACCGAGGCACGCUCAAGAGCCAACCACGGAGACUCUGCCAGAGAGCAGCAAGUCGGCUGAAACUAGUGAAUUAAGUGAACCGAGCGAACCUACAACAAGUACGACGACGGAGACCAAGACACUAGCCACUAAUACUGCAGGUGACUCGAUAUUGGAAGAAACAAUCGACAAGAAGCCGGAAGGAGAUCAAGUUGCAAGCGUGGAGGAUGUUAAGGACGAAGUUGUUGAUGCAUAA